AUGCUAAUCCGGAAAAGUAUUUGCCGCGUAUCUCGACAAAGCACCCUUUCAAUGAUUAUCGUCACCAUGAGCUACACACAUCCGUACCAGUUGCUCGAUAUUGACGAGCGUGUCAAACGAGUUCUUCUCAAAACACCCUUGAUUGACGGACAUAAUGAUCUGCCCCAACAACCCAGAGCCAUAUUUCAUGGCAAAAUUCACGAUAAUCCCAAAUUUGAUCUCGAAGCUGGAUUUGAGCGGGGUAUGACAGAUAUUCCCCGGUUACGCGAAGGUGCCGUAGGUGGACAAUUUUGGUCUGUGUGUGUACCCUGUCUAAGAUCUGCUGAAAAUUUCUCGACGCCUGAAUAUUCAGACAUGGCAAGAGAUGCCAUCGAGCAGAUUGAUCUUACCCUUCGUCUGGUUGAGUCCUAUCCGAAUGUCUUCCAGCUUGUCAAUGGACCAAACGAGAUCUCGGAUAUUUACGCAUCGGGCAAGAUAGCUUGCUCAAUUGGAAUUGAAGGAUUGCAUAUGGCUGGUAAUAGUAUUGGGAUCAUCCGAGCCUUUUACCGACUAGGUGUUCGAUACUGCACCUUGACUCAUGUUUGUAACAAUGCAUUCGCCGAUAGCUCUACAUCCAAAGUUGGCCCUGUUCACGGUGGUCUGUCGCGACUGGGGAGAUCGGCCAUUAUUGAGAUGAACAGGCUAGGAAUGAUCAUCGAUUGUUCACACGUAUCCGAGGAAUGCGCUCGACAAGUACUAGCCUUGACGCGUGCCCCAGUCAUGUUUUCCCACUCCAACGCGAAAGCUGUGUUUGAUUGUCCUCGUAACGUCCCUGACGAUGUAAUCGACAUGGUUCGAGACAAUAAUGGCAUAGUAAUGGUGACGUUUGUGCCAGAGCAUGUAGCCACACGACGGGCAGAUGCAAAGCUGGAGGACAUAUUAGACCAUCUUUUCCACAUAGCAGACCGAAUUGGCUGGGAUCACGUUGGCCUUGGAUCAGAUUUUGAUGGCAUUGCCUCCGUUAUUCCGGGACUAGAGGAUGUCAGGUGCUACCCGAAACUGUUGCAAUGCAUUCUAGAUCGAGGUGCAACUGAAGAGCAGUUGACCAAAGUUGCCGGCAAGAAUUUGAUGCGAGUAUGGAGAGAGGUAGAAAAGACUCGCGAUCAGAUGAAGCAGGAAGGUGUUCUUCCGAUCGAAGAUGUAUGGGAAGAUCGCACUUGGUGGCGCUAUGAUGGCUAUUAUCAAAUGACUGAUCCUGACCCCGAGGAUAAGUUGAGUCUUGAUUGGUAUGGUGUUCCACCUCCACAGGAA